GAGAAUUCAAAUUUUUCAUACUAUACAAAAGAAAAUAAUUUAACAGUAGUUAAUGGAAUUGGUAUAGAAUGCAAGGCUGAUGAUGUAUUAACGAAGAAAACUUUUGCGAUAAAGAAAAUAGUACAUCCAUUCUUGACAACGGUAAAUGCCAAACGAACUUAUCGUGAAUUUAUACUUCUUACAACAAUGAAACAUCCAAACAUCAUAAACUUAGAAAGUGCGUUCACACCGCAGCAUUCGAUAAUUGAUUUCGAAGAAAUCUACUUUGUAAUGGAAUUUAUGAAUUAUAAUCUAGCACAAGUUAUUCGACAGUUAAAACUUGACCAACAAAAUCUUUCUUACUUUACUUAUCAACUAAUUGUCGCUAUCAAAUAUAUGCAUCGAAGUGGAAUUAUACAUAGAGAUUUGAAACCAACUAAUAUAGUUGUCAAUGAUAAAUGUGUAUUAAAAGUAUUAGAUUUUGGAUUAGCAAGAAAAAUGGAAACAACUGAAAGAAUGUCAAUGUAUGUUGUUACGCGACAUUACAGAGCACCAGAAAUUAUUCUCGGUUUACCUUAUACUGAAAAAGUGGAUGUUUGGGCAAUUGGGUGCAUCCUGGCUGAAAUGAUUCUUCAGAAGAUUCUUUUCCCAGGCACUGAUAGAAUAGAUCAGUGGAGCAAAAUAACUAAUAUUCUUGGCAGUCCGCCUAAAGAAUUUAUAAACAGGUUCAAUUCAUUCAUGCUUACUUUUUGCGUCUUAAAUAGUGAAGCUCAGAGGAUACUAAUUGUUAAUGCAAGAGAUUUGCUGACGAAAAUGCUCAAAAUUGAUCCAAAUGAACGAAUAAGCCUAGAUGAAGCAGUUCAGCAUCCCUAUAUUCAUAUAUGGUUUGCGGAAAGUGAAUGGAAUGCACCAUUACCACAAAAUCGUUACGAUAUUGAAAAUGAUUUAAUGGAUCGACCCAUAGAGCAGUGGCGAGAAUUAUUGUACAACGAAGUGAAACAAUUUGAAAGGAAUCAUGAAGUGCAUGGUUAA